GCCGCACGGCACACACGCGCUACGCGCGAGCGAUUGAAGCGGUGCUGUCCGUUCUCUCCACGCCGAGACGAGACACGUCGGAGUGUCGCUUCUUCGCACCACACACGUGUGCCGGUGUGCCGCGCGCGUGUUGAUCCUCCGCAUUUAUUCUUCCUCCCCUUCGCGGAUGAGAGUGCGUGGUGCCCGCGGUCCGAUCCGAGUUGUCGACUUGUGGUGAAAAUUAUGGCGAGCUGCAGGCUGCUCGGCGCCCUCGCGCGCUGCUCGCGCGCCAACGGCGCGAGCCUCGCUUCGAAAUGCACAGGUAUGCAACAAUCAACGAGAACACUAGCAACCGAAGGAAAUAGGAAAUAUUUUAAAUACAAAACCGUUGGCGAUGUAGCAGUCAUCACCAUAGAUUCACCAAAUGCCAAAGUAAAUACCUUAAACAAGGGACUGAUGGAGGAGGUAGAAGGAUUACUGAAUGAAAUUCAGUCCAAUACUUUGGUGAACUCGGCGGUUCUUAUUAGCGGGAAACCAGACAAUUUCAUAGUUGGCGCAGACAUUACGAUGUUACAAGCUCUUCCGGACGCAGACGCUGGUUAUCGAGUAGCGAAGGAGGGUCACCGAAUUCUGGAUUUAAUAGCGAAUAGUACGAAGCCAAUUGUUGCUGCUAUUCACGGCUCGUGCCUUGGCGGAGGAUUAGAGGUCGCAUUAGCGUGCCAUUACAGGCUCGCCGUUAACAACAAGCAAACUAAAUUAGGAUUGCCGGAAGUGAGGCUCGGCCUCCUUCCCGGCGGCGGUGGUACUCAGCGUCUGCCUCAACUGAUUCCCCUCCCCACCGCUCUGGAUAUGGUACUCACUGGUAAAAAUCUUAAACCCGACAAAGCGAAGAAACUUGGCCUGGUGGAUAUCGUGGUGAACCACCUUGGGCCGGGAAUCGGAUCGCCCGCAGAAAAUACGGUGAGAUACCUGGAGGAAACCGCGGUGAAAGCCGCGCAGGAUCUCGCGAGCGGGAGAUUGAAGAUUGAACGCGGCCCGAAAUCUCUCGUGGACAAGAUAACGAAACAGGUUCUGUCCAUCAACUUCGUCAAGGAUCAGGUGUUCCAGAAAGCGAAGGCCCAAGUGAUGAAAAUGACGAACGGCUUGUAUCCAGCUCCGCUUAAAAUCCUGGAGGUGGUGAGGGUCGGUCUGGACAAGGGUCCCGCUGCCGGAUUCGACGCCGAGGCCAGGGGAUUCGGUCAGCUGGCGGCUACGCCGGAGUGCAAGGGCCUCACCAGUUUGUUCUUCGGCCAGACAGCGUGCAAGAAAAAUCGUUUCGGCCCACCCAAGAGUGCAGUCAAGAAAGUUGCUGUAAUUGGCGCUGGUUUGAUGGGCGCAGGCAUCGUCCAGGUCAGUAUCGACAAAGGCUUCGACGUUGUUAUGAAGGACACCAACGAGGCCGGACUGAAUCGCGGCGUAAGCCAGAUUCAGAAGGGUCUGGACGGCGCCGUGAAGCGUAAACGGAUCUCCAGUCUCGAAAAGAACAAGUAUUUGUCCCAUCUCGACGCGACGUUGAGUUACAACUCCUUCAAGGACGCAGACGUAAUAAUUGAAGCCGUCUUCGAGGACAUCGCCAUCAAGCACAGGGUCCUGAAGGAGAUUGAAGCUGUGGUGCCGAAUCACUGCGUCCUCGCGACCAACACGUCCGCUAUUCCUAUCACAAAAAUCGCCGCUGGUAGCAGCCGUCCUGACAAAGUGAUCGGUAUGCACUACUUCUCUCCCGUCGACAAAAUGGAGUUGCUUGAAAUUAUAACACACAAAGGAACAUCCGAAGAGACGAUCAGGACCGCUGUAGACGUAGGUUUGAAACAGGGCAAGACCGUCAUCACGGUCGGUGAUUGUCCUGGAUUUUACACCUCAAGAAUACUUUCCGGCAUGUUGGCAGAGGCGAUUAGGUUAAUGCAGGAAGGCGUGGAUCCGGCGCAUCUGGAUAAACUGACAAAGUCAUUUGGCUUCCCCGUCGGUGGAGCCACUUUAUCCGACGAGGUCGGCCUUGACGUAGGUGCCCAUAUCGGCGUCGACCUUCUGAAAGCUUACGGCGAGCGCUUCAGAGGAGGAGACACGAAUAUUCUCAACGACAUGGUCAAAGCUGGUUUCCUUGGACGCAAGUCUGGCAAAGGUAUAUUCAUAUAUGAAACCGGCUCUAAAAACAGAGACGUAAAUCCCGGGGCGUUGGACAUUCUGAGAAGAUAUAAGCUCGAGCCUAAGGGUAGCACAUCCGACGAGGAUCGUCAGAUGAGGCUGGUCUCGCGGUUCAUCAACGAAGCGGUGUUGUGCUUGGAAGAAAAUAUUCUAGCCAGUCCCUUGGAGGGCGAUGUGGGAGCUGUGUUCGGCUUGGGCUUCCCGCCAUUCUCGGGUGGUCCGUUCCGUUGGGUGGACAGAUACGGUGCCCAUCGACUCGUUAAAAAGAUGGAGGAGUUCCAGGUUCACUACGGCGAGACUUACACACCGUGUCAAUUACUGCGCGACAUGGCGGCCGAUUCUACACGAAAAUUCUAUCCGAAAUAAACGUUUCGAUAAAAAAAAAAAUUCAUUAUCGGCGUGUCUUCACGUUGAUUAAUCUUCAUCCGAGAGCUGUAUUAUUUGUUCGCUUCAGGCUCAGAGAAAGAAAGCAAGCGCCUCGAAAUAGGUGCAAAGCCUUGUUAUCCUGCAACUCAAUGUGGAGUUCGCAUUUGUUAUACCUCGUGUGUAUCGAUUUGUUGAAAGAAUGUUUAUCAUCCUUUUCUCAUUCAUGAAAAACAUUUUGGACAUCUUUUUGGCUAUUGUUUGACAAAAAAUAAACGUAAGCAACAUAAUUAUUAUACGUAUCUUAUACGUAUUUUAAUCAUAGGAUUACAUGCUAUAUUUUUGUAAGCGCGAAUCACACAUUGGGUUUAUCAGACCUAGCCUGUAAUUUUCCAACUGAUAGAAUUGUAUAUUUUUUCAACGAAUUUGUUUCCAGAAUUGUCAAACGUCAGUUAACAUCAGAAUACGAUCAUAAAAUCAAUGCAAGUCUAUUAAAUUCUAAAAAUAUACUAAAAAUUUUUUAAAUAUAAAGAUUAAGUGAAAAGAAAUUUUCAAGAGUAUACUAACUACUUGAAACUUUCUCCUUGAUUCACACCCAAGUAGUCCUAAAAUCAAUAGUAUUAAUUUCUUAAUAAUUUUAUUUCUGAUCGAUGUUUCAGUGAGGAAAGAAUACAUUACAUCAGAACAAAACGAGAAUGCAGCUACGACUGCACUUGUUAGCAAUUUUAUUCGCGCGAGAUACGGUAUAUACGACGCGAUUCCACGUGUGCAGGUCAAAAUGGGAGGGGCUCAUAUAAUGCGUGGCACGCAUAAUGCGGCCGAGGCUGUCGCGACUUCUAGAGUACCAUAUAUAUUUUUGGACUUGGUAUUUUACACGUCCCGCGCCCAACGACUUUCCGUGAGCACACUGAUUGUAGAUAGACUUGUGCAUUUAUUAUUUUCGAGGAUUUUAUAUAUGUCGCAAAUAUUUGAUACCUUUACAAACAUCUAUACAUAAUUGUAAAAAUUAAGCGAAGCCGUAACAAUUGUAUAUCUAUUUUUGCAAAAUUUAUCAUAAAUAAAAGAGUUUCUAUAUUAA